AAUAAACCAAAGAAGAAAUGCGUUUCCGUAUGUUACGCGGUGGUUUUACCCAAUGAGGUGGUUGUGCGUUUUAUUUUGAACGUCGUAGUGGCGGUUAAGUCGAUAACCUUGUUUUUUUUAGUACUCAAGUCAGACUCAGAAUCAAAAUAAACAGUAACGUUAAUAGAGCGCUUAUGAGACGCAAAGAAAUUAAUCUAAAAACAUGUCAUCUGUCAGUGGCUUGUCAAACCCCAAAUCAGAGAGAGUCCCGCUCAGAGAUGUACAGAAUGAACUGCUGAAUUUGCAGGACUCUCCAACUCUGAUGCUUAAACAUGUGUCAAAGCAUGAGAGGGACUCUAAAAUGAAGCAGCAUGAAGUUGUCCCUGAUGAAAAUCUAAGCUUAACUAUCACAACAGAGGUCCAUAAUGAUGAUGUUGGUGCCACUGAUGAACAUCAAGAUGUUAUAUUAAAAUCCUUUGUGUGUCUUCAAGGAGAAGUCGUAGUUGAGGAUGAAUCUUUAAAGUCAGAUGAGUCUGUUCUCAUCAGUCGUCUGGCACUGAAGGAUAAUGACCCUCUUCAAAGUGACCCAAAUGAAACUGCUGAAGCCGAGGGCACGGAGGAUAAUCAGACCAGUCAAGAGCAUGUUGAUCAUCCAUACUAUUAUAGGAGUAGAUCUACUGGUUCAGAUGCUUCAUCUAUACUGUAUCAGGGGGAAGAGGUUUCCACCUGUGAGCUGGGAAAUGUCACAUUCAAAUCCCUCAUGUGCUUAGGUGGAGAGAUUCAGGUUUCAGAUUGCUCCGCCAUCUCUGAUGAAUCGAUUCUCAUAAAGGAUCUAACAUCAGGAAAUCACUCACAAUGUAAAAAUACUCCUGUUUCUGAAGUGGACACAGAGGCUGUAUCAGUAAACCCUCAACCUUUGGGCCAUUCUUACUGUAUUUGGAAAAACCAUUUGUCUUUAUGUGAAGAUAGUAGCACCAUCAGUACAGUCAAUGCUGAAGAUGCUUCUCUUUCAACUUUCGGAGACAUUGGAGGUACUCAAUGCAAGACUAAAAAUCUAAACAAUCACAAGCACACUGAGCUCGCUGAAGGAUAUCAUGACGUGUCAUGCAGAAAAGAAGAGAUCACAUUUAAAAGCUUGUGUUGUUCUGGGGUUGAAAUAGAAAUUGCUGAUUUAUCCAAGGUGUCAGAAAUGUCUGUGCUCAUAGAAAAUCUUGCUGAAGAACAAAGUCUGCUUUGUUUAAAUGACAUCAGUGAAAAUGACGGUCAAAGCUUUGCUGCUUUGGCACCUGGAAGCAAGCAUGUUGACCAUAUGUACUGCCAUACUAAAGAAGAGUCACAGGUCCUAAAUAUGUCGAGCGCUGAAAAUGAGGUCUCUUCCAAGUCACAGCUUUCCUCAGCAAGUCUUUUGGAAAAAUCUGGAAAUACAAUUGGUAAUACAACAUCAACUACUGGAAACAUAGAGAAAAUGUAUGAAUCAGUCACAUGCCGUGAAAUGGAACCAUCAAAGAUGGUUGCUAGCAAGGAGUCAAGCCAAAACUUGUCAGCACUGAAUAGUGAAAAUAAAAUGGAAAGUACAGAUGCUGUACCAUUAAAUGAUAACGAUGACAUACUUAAGGUGCCCAAGGUUUACUCUUCUAUCAUGUCCGAAAAGAAUGUGGAGGAGCAUCUUGAUCAGCAGUUUCUGCCAGAAAGGGACAUGGCAGUUUCACAUUCUGAGGAAAUCCUUUGUCCUCAAGGUGCUUCUUUUGAAAAUGUUGCCCAUACAGUCAGCAUUCUCAAAGAUAAGACACUGGAUUUCAAGGAUGAGGAGAUCCACUCAGAGAUUGAAGUUAUGCGGUUGUGUGAUAGAUCUGGUGAAGCUGCAUCAGUUCAUCAAGAUCUUCCUAGUGCUCUUGUUCUAACAGGUUCCUGCACUCCAAAGACACCCACCCUACGCAGGAGUGUUUUGAAUGACCACACAGCCGAUAACUUAAUGAGCCAUCUGUGGCCUGAGCUCCCGGAGAGUCCCAUGCCUCCUCCACUCUUGAACUCCACAUCCCUGGCCAAUGCUUUGAGCUACACACCUGUUCCUCCAGACCCACCCAAGAAAACGGCUGUGGAACCUAAAUUGGCUUCUGCAGACCAUCAGAAGCUGUUCAGUGCACCUCCAAUUGUGGGCAAUGGGCCUCUACAGGAACAGCUCAGACAGAUGGCUGAACUGUUAAUGGUUGCAUCAGGAAAGGUGGUUGUUCCUGCUUCAGCACCAGUGAAUUACCACAAUGCUUUAGUGGGCACUUCUCCAAUAGCGAUGCGUAGCGCAUGUGUGGGGAGCACCCCGGUUCAGCGGAUGGAGCGGAGCGUUAAUACUUCAGGAGCCAUGGAGUUUUUAAAGGAAGUUUAUGUUUCUGAUGCCAGCACUUCAACAGACUCUCUGCUUUGGAACCUUACUCCUGGAAAUCUGGAGCAUUUGUCUAGAUCAGAGUUGGAGCAGAGACUGACUUCAACACUCAUCAUGGUGGAGGUUCUUUCCCAGCAGCUCACUUCUGCACGGGCUCAUAAUCCGAACAAAGACACUUCUCCAUCUGAUCUCAGAGAUAAACUCAUCCAGACGGACCACACUGAGCUCAAACAGAAUGGGACUUACAGAGAUUUGUAUGAGACUGCCCUGGAGAGAAUUCAGAGUCUUGAGCAUGAUCAUGAGGUUCUUCAAACUUUACAUAAUGGCAUUCAAUCAAUGCGAGUUGGGAUGAAUUCAUUUAAGUCAAUCACAGAGGAUGCCAUCUUUAAGAUGAAACAGAUUGGAAAAACUGUUAGUGUUGAUCAGGAAACUUUAUCUAGACAGGCCAGUCAGAUGAAGUCUCUUUAUGGGAGGUACAAGGAAGCGCUCCAUAGAAUGGAGCAGAAGAUGAAAGACAUGAAACAUCGCAUGGAUGAGUCUCUAAAGGAGAAAGAAGCGGCCUUCAGUGUAACACAGCAGUUGAGGGAUUACCAUACUGCUCAGGUGGCAGAACUAGAGCACACUGUUGGGUCUCACCAGGAACUGAUGUCAGCCCUCAAACUGGCCUACCCACCACUGGUUGAACUGAGCAAGUCAUACAUGGAAUCCAUCAAUGCAGCGAGUGUCCUUUUGAGAAGGAAGCAUGAAGAUCACAUGAGCUUGUUAGCAGAGCUGAGAAAGGCUCAAGAGCUGGUUCAUAGGAUAAACCCAGUGCUUCACCAGCUCCAUCAGAGGACUACAACCGCCGUGGAGCACAGCGAGCAGCAUCUGGCAAUGAGAGACAGAGCCAUGGAAGAAAGAAACCUGAUGGAAAAUGAACUAGAGCAUGUGAGGUCAAGCUUGCAAGAUGCCAGUCAACAGAUUUCAGACUUAAAGAUGCAACAGACCAUCAUGACUUCAGAGAUGUCAGUGCUGAGGGAGCAGCUGAAUCAGGCAGAGGAGGAGCGUUUUCAGCUGCAGAGGAGAAGCACUGAGCUCUCAGCCACUGUUACGUCCACACUGGCCUCUUAUGCCUUCCUAGAACAGACCCUCGCCUCUGAGACCAGCAAGUUGCAACAGUCAAUGUGUGAUGCACAGCAAGCUACUGAGAGAGCAAACUGUCUUGAAGAAGCGCUAGAAACAUCCAGGAAACAGCUAGAGGAAUAUGAGGAUGCUCUGUCGCAGAGAGAAACCCUGAUUAAAGAACUCCACACUGAAGCUGAGAUUUAUCGCCGUCAGCUCGGUCAACUGGCUCAGCUGCAGACUGAACUCUCCAGUGCAAAAGAAAUGAGUGAAUUCCUGCAGGCAGAACAUGAACUGGCACGGGAACAGAUGGAGGAAAGUGAGAGGUUGCUGCGGUGUCACUUACAGGGCCUCAGAGAGAGAAACCUGGAGUGUGAAGACCUCAGACUAGCACUUCAACAACUGCGGCUUGAGAAAGAAUCUCUUCAGGAAGAGCUGGACAGCACACGAGACAAAGCUCGCAGUAUGUUGCUGGAACAAGGAGAACAGAUGGCUCAGGCGUCUAAUGAUGUCCUGCUCCUAAACCACAGAGUUUCCUGUCUCACGAGUAUCUUAAAGGAAUCCCUAACCUCCAAGGAGUCAGAGUGCUCUGAUAAGGCAUUGCAGUCUCAUCGACAUCCCUCCAGCUCUUUUGUGGAUUCUGUUAUGGUGGCCAUGAUGAAGAUGCAGGAACCUGAGACAGAGUCUCCUGAGGUUUCAGAGGAGAGGGAAGUGCAACUAGUUGGCAUUGGCAGUGAAACCAGUGCUUUUACCCGAAUACCCCCAACUACUCACACUGAAGUGAAAGAGGAGAGACGGAGCCACGUGUUGGAGCUGUUGUCUGAUUUUGGUGAGACCAUCUCAGAUCUUCAGCUAACCAUAGACCAACUGAGAGUCCAGAAAGACACAGAACAGCAGACUUUGAAGCAGACCAUAUAUGGCCUGCAGGAGGCGCUGCAGGAAGAGUCUCAGAGAUGCACACUGGAGGUCUCAGAGCUGAGGCAGAAUGUGGACCGAUUGCAGGCACAGGUGGAGAAGGAUGCUUUGGUCCUGCAGCAGAAAGCUCAGGAUGAAAGAAACCUGAGAAAGCUCUGCAAUGAGAUGGAGGAAAAUCUGGAAGCGGCACACAAAUACAGAGCAGAGAAUAGUGAGUUGCGUCGAGAAGUUGCUGAUUUGCGUCGGCUGGAACAGCAGGCACAGGUGGAGGCUCAGGUCUUGAGGGAGGAGCUCAAUCGAACAGGUGUCCAAUCAGCAGCCAGCACCAAUGCAUUAGAUGAAAGAAUCAAACUGCUCAGAGAGGUUGAGAAGCUUAAGGCAAAUUUAAUGGAAGCUGAGGAAAAUCGUGCUAAGGUCUUGGAGAGGGCAAAACGACAUCAAAGGGUCCAUGCCAUGAACCAGAGUAAACUGGAGAGAGAACUACAUAUGCUUGAUGAUAUGAUUGAAACAGUGAGAAAGACAUUGUCCUCUAUACCUGAUCUUGUCAAGAGCUGUCCAGAACUACAAAAGCUUGUAGAAUUUCUUGGAUGAGUUAAUUAAAAUUCAAAAAUGUCAGUUUAAUUUUUAAAUGCAUAAUUGUUGAAUAAACUGGUUUCAUGUUUUGUUUUUUUUUUUUCUCUCUCUAUAUGUUUCUAUUUAAACUAAAGAAAAAUCUUCAGACUACGUUUAGGGAAGUGUAGGUCAGUCAGUUCAUUGUGUAAGAUUCAUUUUCCUCAAUUUUGUUAGUGAUAAAAUGUAUGGACACAUUCUGUUUAAUAAAUGUUAUUGUAUUAAUUUAAA